AUGUCUUCGCAGUUGACAGACGACAUACUUGUGAAAUUCUCACAGUUUAUAAAUGAGCACCAGACAGACGUCGAACCCAUCAAACAGUUCCGAGAUUGGUUUGAAAAUCACAAGAACAACACAACGCAUGAGGAACAAGUCAAGAUGGUAGACUCAUGUAUGCUCACGCUCUUAUUCAACUUCUCACAAUACGAUUCCCCUUUUACUCGGGAGGUUCACUUCAUGUGUGUGGAGAACCUUGUCUUCUCCAACUUUUAUGAAGACGUCUUCCUCGAAAACGAUUCACUCAAAAUUGACGAACAAUUCGCUCUGAAGUGUAAAGAGCUCUCCGAUUUUCCGAUAGAAGCAUUCAGACCGACAAGGAACAUCCACCUCCCACGUCUUGAACCUUCUUUCGAACAGUUGCGAUCGAUCAAUAACUACAAAACCCCAACGGAGAAGGUCGAAUCAAUUGUGAACGCGUUGAAGCCCGUGUUAUACUUUGACAACACAACAACACAAAUGACGUGCGACGAUAUCAUCGCGGUGGUUUCUUAUAUACUCUGUAAUGCACAGUCGCCACUUCUAUACUCAAACCUGUGUUUUAUUCGGGACUUCGACAAAGGUAUAUCGACAGAAGGCGAUUUUUUCGUCACACAAGUCGAGGUUGCCGUCCAAAACAUUUUGGGUUCUCAAAAAGAGGAGAUGGAUCGAUAUAUGGACGAGAUGGUUGGCGGUGUAGAGAGUAAAAUUGUUUCGUCCCCACCUGUAUCGAAUGCUAAUAGUCAGGUCAAAUAUUGUAAGUGA